UAAAAAUGGGUGUGAUAAAAAUAUUACAGUUGAUUUAACAUUAUUUGGUGGAUCCAAAACAAAAAUGGGGUGUCAGGGAGGUGAGGAAAUAACAGUGGCCACAAGCACCGGCGAGGGUUUGCAGCAGCCACCACCUUCUAACCACUCCUCCGGUGAGGCCCAAUGGGCAUCGGAGUUUCUUUUCGCGUUCAUGGGAGAGGCACAGAAACUCCGGUGUAAAGACCCACCGGUCAACGUUAAGAGUCCCGCACUCGAUUUUCGAGCCGGAGCACAAGGGUUUAGGGUUCGAUUUACGGGCCACAACCGGGAACACACCAGCACGUGUUCAACAUCCCCAGGGAGUUGCUGCACAGCUGGCCCAACCCUAUAUUUUUACUGCUUCACUUCGAGGAAGACAAAUGAUGUGGUAAUUUUGUAAAUGGUCAAACGAGGCUGAAGCAUAAAAGGGGUGUGGCCAUAGAUAUUCAUCAUUUCAUUAUUUGAAGCAAGAAAGACGAAUUCCCACUUGCGUUCAAAACGAGUACCUAUGGGCUGCACGCAAUUCAUUAUUCAAAUACAAUACUCUAUUUCAA